AUGAGUUCCGAAUGGCACGAACACUCGUUUUUCUUGGAAGUGAAGCCACGCGCGGAACUGGCGUCCUUGUUCGUUGAUUGUCCUCCAGAAUAUGCGAAAGCUGUUGGGGAAGCAGGAGAUGAGAAUGACAAAGAGAAUGAAGGCUUGAACAUGGUGAGGGUCAGUGAGCAUGCUGUUGAGUUAGGCACGCCGCCGUUCCUGGCGGAGAGCUUACACAUCCAACGAAAGCUCCCACGAUAUCGUGCAAGCAUCUCAAAUUUGACAUUCUAUCCGCAAUCACUUUGUGCACCUACGUGGGCGGACAAUCAGCGCCUUUUUAUGUGUAAAUUACAUGUCGAAGCUGAUGGAGUACCAUUUGUGCCAAAAACAUUUCACCGGCUAGCUCGUGACAUCUGCGACACAGAGCCCUUGGAAGAAUACUGUAAAAAUGCAAAUGACACAACCAUUGCUCUUUCGUGCAGUCAGUGUGGACAUCCCGUUGUUGAUAGCAAGCCAGGAAUCUCUUUGUCGUGUCUACCGAGUGAUGACUGGCUUGAAACGUCGCCGUCUGCUGACUAUUACUGUCGUGAUUCGUGUGGAGCCGGCUGUGAUCCAGAACGACAUAGUAAACAUCGUGAUGGGACAGAAACUGCUACAAUGCAUUCAGAUUGGCUUCCAAAUGAUAAACGAUUCUUGUUGAGUCAUUCUUAUAUUGCUGUAAGCAAAGAGAGCGUUUCUGGUCGUGGAGUAUGUCAUGGCGACCGGCUGCUACUCUGCGAUGGAUGCAACGCGGAACUUGGCACCGUUGUUAAAAAUCGUCCCGACAUUUUGUUAUUCCAUCACGCUGUUUGCACCCUCUCAGCAAAUUCUAAGGCUUUUCUAGCGACGAGGUUCAACAGCCUCUCAGUCUUCUUCGCACAAUUUGUGUUAUCAUCGUGUGAGGCGCAAUCUAGUCUCAAGCUCGUUGUGCGGUCACUCGACAAGACACCACAUUUACUGGUAAGGAAUAUCUGUAAAUCAUGUGUAUUUGAAAUGUAUGGGCAACAAUUUUUAAAUGAGGGAAUAAUAAAUUUCUUGCGUUCAUUUUCAACUUUUUGA